AUACAGAGAUUGAUCAAUAUUUCUUAUUUUUUUUCAGACCUCCGAUCAGAAUCAAACACAUACAAUAACGAUGUAAUCCGGAUUGUGAUGGUGGGGAAGACCGGAGCUGGGAAGAGCGCCACAGGAAACAACAUUCUGGGAAAAGAUUUCUUUCCAUCAAAGUUCUCUUUUAAAUCUCUGACUGUAGACUGUGCUAAUGCCAUUGGUGAAGUUGAUGGACAAAGAGUUAAGGUUAUUGAUACUCCAGGUCUGUGUGACACCAAAUUUAAAGAAGAGAAGACCAGAAAAGAUGUUGGCCAGAGCAUUGGUUUUGCUUCUCCUGGACCUCAUGUCUUCCUGGUCGUCAUCAGACUGGGCAGAUUCACAGAGGAAGAAAAACAGACGGUUCAGAAGAUUCAGGAAAUCUUUGGAAAGGGAGCAGACGAAUACAGCAUGGUUCUCUUUACCCACGGUGAUCUGCUCGAUGGGAGUCCUAUGGAAGAGUUCUUGAAAGAAAGUGAAGAGCUGCAGGAACUUGUGAACAGAUGUAACGGGCAGUACCACGUCUUCAAUAAUGCCCUGAAGGAUCGUUCUCAGGUCAGAGAGCUGCUCGACAAGAUCAGAAACAUAACAGAGAAGAACGGAGGAAGCCAUUACACCAAUGAAAUGUUCCAGAAGGCAGAGAGGGCCAUAGAAGAGGAAAAACAGAGAAUCCUUAAAGAGAAAGAAGAGAAAAUACGCAAACAGCAGGAGGAAAUGCAAAAGAUAAUAGAUCAAAAGUAUGCAGAAGCAUACAGACAAGCCCAAGAUGAACAAGAGAGGAUAAAGCUAAAUGAAGAUCGCCAAAGACAAAUGGAGGAGCAGAGGAGGAGAAUAAAUGAAGAGGAGGAAAGGAAUGCCAGAGAGGAAGCUGAGAGAAAUCAAUCUAGCUGUACCAUUUUAUAGAUUCCUUUUU